GCCCAAACUCGCGGUUAAAUCGAUUGAUUCUCUUGUCUUAUCAACAACCACCAAAAUGAAGUACCUCGCAGCCUACCUCCUCCUCAACCUCGCCGGCAACGAGCAGCCCUCUGCCGAGGACAUCAAGUCCGUCCUCUCCUCCGUCGGUGUCGACGCUGAGGGCGAGCGUCUCGACAAGCUCAUCUCCGAGCUCGAGGGCAAGAACAUCCAGGAGCUGAUCUCCGAGGGUUCCGCCAAGCUCGCCUCCGUUCCUUCCGGCGGUGCUGGUGCCGCCGCUGGCUCUGCUCCCGCUGCUGGUGCCGCCGCCGAGGCUGCCCCCGCCGAGGAGAAGGCCGAGGAGAAGGAGGAGUCCGACGACGACAUGGGCUUCGGUCUCUUCGACUAAGCGUCUCGCAACAUCCGUUGAAAAAAACCGGUGUGCAAGGGUGGUUCUGUUUGUGGGAGCAGUCGGGCGCAUGGGAAAAGGUCUCUACGUCAAAGCCGCAAAAGGC